AUGCAGUCCUCCAUCCUCCUCAUCGCCUCCGCGGCUGCCCUCGCCGCGGCCACGGCGCCCACCACCAACAUCCACGCCCGCUCGCUGGCCUUCUUCCGUCGCCAGGACUCGACCCCCUCGGCCGAGUGCCUCUCCGCGGCCAUCGACAUCGUGUCCAGCAUCCCCACCCCCGCCGCCGACGUCCUCGCCUACCUCGCCACGGCGCCCGACUCGGUGACCUCCGACCCCUGCCGCAUCACCUUCCCCGCCUCGCUCUCCUCUGACGUCGAGGACUGGGUCACCUCGCUGUCGGCCUUCUCCUCCGAGUCGGCCUCCGCCCUCUCGAGCAUCAUCUCCGAGUGCGGCGGCGCCGACGCCACCGACCUCGCCGCCGGCGUCUGCGCCUCCGAGCCCGCCUUCGUCUACCGACAUGUCAUGGGAUAG